AUGGCGGCGGACGAUUCCCUCUUUGCGCGCCAGUACAUUGACUACGUCUACGUACCCGGCUUUCUCCUCAUUAUCGGCACGGCCAUUGUCAAGGCAUCUUGGGUCAUUUACGCCAUUCCCGUCGCCCUCCUCUUUGGCGCCUACAACUUUUGGAACUUUCAGAUUAAAAAGGUCCUCAAGCCCGAUGUGUUCCAAGAGUUUGAGCUCCAGGAAAAGACGGUCAUCUCCCACAAUGUAGCCAUCUACCGCUUCAAGCUCCCCUCGUCCCAGUCGGUCCUCGGCCUGCCCAUCGGCCAGCACAUCUCAAUCGGCGCGCCCCUGCCUCAGCCCGAUGGCACCACCAAGGAGAUUGUGCGCUCCUACACGCCCGUGUCCGGCGACCACCAGCCGGGCUUCUUCGACCUGCUCAUCAAGUCGUACCCGCAAGGCAACAUCUCCAAGAUGAUGGCCUCGCUCCUCGUCGGCCAGACCAUCCGCGUCCGCGGGCCCAAGGGCGCCUUUGUCUACACCCCCAACAUGGUCCGCCACUUUGGCAUGAUUGCCGGCGGCACCGGCAUCACCCCCAUGCUGCAAAUCAUCCGCGCCAUCACCCGCGGCCGCGCCGCCGGCGACGUCACCGAGGUCGACCUCAUCUUCGCCAACGUCUCCCCGCAGGACAUUCUCCUCAAGGAGGACCUCGACGCCCUCGCCGCCGAGGACAAGGGCAUCCGCAUCCACUACGUCCUUGACAAUCCCCCCGAGGGCUGGACCGGCGGUGUCGGCUACGUCACUGCCGACAUGAUCACCAAAUACUUCCCCAAGCCCGCCGAUGACGUCAAGAUCCUGCUCUGCGGUCCUCCUCCCAUGAUUAGCGGUCUGAAGAAGGCCACCGAGAGCCUCGGCUACAAAAAGGCCCGUCCCGUCAGCAAGCUCGAGGACCAGGUCUUUGCCUUUUAA